UGUCUGUGCCUUUAAGAAAAAAAAAAGGCAACAGGCGGUGAGGAAGUGAGAAAGCAAACUUUCGUUUCCCCCGUGAAACUUUUUAUUUAUACCUGCAGGCCUGUGCUUCAGAAAGGGGAACCAACGAGCGACCGAGACUAGAAGGAGCGCAGGGUGAGAGAGAGAGAGGGGGGGAGGGAUGGUGUCCGCAUUUCUCUGCCUGUCAGGUGGACACGGGGUUCAUUCUGCAGGAGACUCCUAGCACUGACACGAUGGAAGCAACUGAGGGAGAACAACCCAUCGAGGAUGCUGAUCAGAUUGUAGCGCCUCCCAAUGGUGGCGUGAACGAACUGCUGGAUGUGGGGCAAGAGGAGAACAUAGAGGGCGAGAUGGAGGAGUUUCUGGGCCCGCAGGCUCAGUACAACGAGGAGGAGGAGGAGCGGAAGUACUACAGAAGAAAGAGGCUGGGAGUCAUCAAGAAUGUGGUUGCCAGUAGUUUCGGAGCCAUGAUAGUCUACAGUGUUUAUAUGGGCCUCUUACAGAUGCAGCUGGUCCUUCAUUACGACAUGACCUACCGUGAGGUGAAGUACAGCAACCUUGGACUUGAGGACAUCGACCAGAAGAUGCUGAUGGGAAUCAACGUGACGCCGGUCAUUGGCCUCCUUUACACACCCGUACUCAUCAGGUUUCUUGGUACUAAGUGGAUGAUGUUUCUGGCCUCAGGAAUCUACGCUCUGUUUGUCUCAACCAACUACUGGGAGCGGUACUACACGCUAGUUCCUUCAGCUGUGGCCAUCGGCGUGGCCAUCGUGCCUUUUUGGGCUUCUCUGGGGAAUUAUAUCACAAGGAUGGCCCAGCAGUACUACGAGUACGCCAACUACAAGGACGAACACGUGCAGGAGCAGAGGAAGCUGCCGAAGGGCGCGUGCCACAGCUACAUCAUCAUCUUCCAGUCGCUUUUCUACGCCAUCUUCAGCCUGAGUUUCGUCUUCGCCGAGUUCCCCAUGCGUCUGGUCCUGCACGGCCACCUGCACGAAAGCAAGCACGUCCUCUGCAACGUGAAGAUAUGCGGGGCUGCGAUCAAAGGCAUCAUCCCGGGCUUCAACACCACCGUGCUGACCAACCUGCCGCGCUCCAUGCUGCUCAUCCAGGUGGAGAGCAUCUUGAUGGGCUUCGCCUUCCUCUCCAUGAUUAUCUUCCUCUUGCUGUGUGGCCCCGCGUACCGGCCGACGGAGGAGAUCGACCUGCGCAGCAUCGGCUGGGGGAACAUCUUCCAGCUGCCUUUCAAACACCUGAGGGAUUACCGGCUGCGCCUGCUCUGCCCCUUCUUCAUCUACAGCGGCCUGGAGAUGCUCUUCGUCAUCAGCGGGUUCUCUCUGUCCUACGGCGUCUGCACGCUGGGCCUGAAAAGCCUCUGGCUCCUGAUCGUGGUCUACGGCCUCUCCUGCUCCGUCUUCUCCCUGCUCUCUCUCAGCCUCCUGCGCCUGCCGCGGUGGGUGUGUCUGAUGGGCGGCGCCGCGGUGCACGCCGUGCUGCUGGUGGUCCUCCUGGCUCUGUCCAUCAAGCCCGGCUCACCGGAGUAUCUGGGUCCCCUGCUGGUGAUCACGGUGCUGUGGGGGCUCGGCAGCGCCCUGAACAAGACCGGGGUUAGCACUGUUGUCGGCAUUCUCUACGCCGAGGAAAAAGAGCGCCUGGAUUUCGUCUACACCAUCUACCACUGGUGGCAGGCCAUCGCCAUCUUCGUCGUCUACCUCUGGUCCAAGAUGCCCAUGAGGGCCAAACUGUCCAUCCUGCUGGCUACGUUGUUGCUGGCCUGCUACUGUUAUUGGGUGAUGGAGCGCCGCGUGGCACAGAAAGUGCCGCACAGAAUGCCUCGCAUCCCUCGGCCACGACACAAGGUGAAAGGCUACCGCUACCUGGAAGAGGACAACUCCGAUGAGUCAGACUCGGAGAGAAGCGAGGAGGAUGACGACGAGGACGAGGAAGAGAGGGCGGAGGAGGACGAGCGCGUUGUGGAGGAGAUGGGAGCGGGGCACAGGGAGGAAGAGGGCCAAGGGGCCAGAGCCGAGGGCGCCGACUCGCCUAGAGCCCGGCGGGGAGGGGCCGAGGGUCAGGGUGCCCACGUGGAGGAAGAACAGAGGGAGAUGUGACGAAUUGACAGAAGGCAGGAGGGGAAGGUGGUGGACAAACGUCUGAUGCAUACGGAAGCUCCAGUCUACUCCAGUCUCCUCUAUUAGCUGGCAUCCUUUAUUGCAACGAGAAGGGACCAACGCCUUGCAUAGACUUUAACCUUUUUACACAUUACAUUUAGAAACUUCAACGUGUUUCAUUUUAUGUGAUAGGCCAACACUAUUCCGGCCCUCCAUUAACCUCCAUCCAUCUUCCCAUAAACAUAAGCUUUCCUGUCCCUGCUGUAGAAAAGCGUCUCCACGCCAUGAUGCUCCCUCCACCCGGUUCCAUGAUGGGGUGUUCGAGGCGACAGGCAGGGUUUUUUUUUUUUUUUACAAUUACUUGCUGCUUCGGGACGGUCUUAUCACAUAAAAUCCCAAUGAAAUACUUUAAAGUUUAGCAAGGAACUGCACCUCCUAAUUGGUGGAUUUAAAAAAAAAAUGUUCAUUGGAGUUUAUGAGGAAUCUUCAGAUUAUUUUCCAGAAGUCUUAAAAGGUCAUGUCUGUAUGUAUGGUUGUGUGUGUGUGUGCGCAAUACUGAGUUUUUUUCUGAUCGAGGGUUUUUCCAUAUCUUUUCUUUUCUUAAUCUCAUUCAUGCUGUACCAGAUGUCUAAAAUAGCUUUAUUCAUUGGGUUUCCAUAAAGCUAAGCAGCUGCUUAGAGGAGCCCCAGAAAGAGUUUUGAGGCUAGUUUGGUCUGAAUCCUUGAAGAGAAGAUAAAUAAUAUACAUCUAAAUGUUUUUUUUUUUCAGAUAUAAGUGUUUUUUUUAUCUUAAAUUUUUGUUUUUAUGUGUUUUUAAACACUUUUGUGUGAGGCUGUAUAUUUCUUGUUCACAUAUUCUGUCUUAUAAUGCAGCAGACAAUGAAAAAGGAGGAAAAAAUGUAGAGGACACUGCUUUAGUUUUUCCGCUCGCUAUGUUUGUUCUUCAUCUUUACCAGAUCUGUCGAUGGGGG